AUGGGUUUCUUAUCGUCGAACCGACCGAAUACACGUCAGUACCGUCCGCUACUACACCUUGCUGGCCCUACCAUUGCUGUUGCUGUCUUGCUAUGCCCUUCGACACCAAGGGCGCAUGCUCUGGGUGGUUGGUCUCAAACCACCCCCUUGUCAAGCCCACCAGAUUCCUCGACUAUCCCCAAGGUCCUCGUCAUAUGCGCCUACAUUAUUCCAAUCACGGUAUAUGCAUAUAGCAUGCGAACGGCCUACGAUGUGGCAACAUUGGUGUCUCUACGUGCCAAGGUCUGCCCGAGUAUAAAUCUCAGGGCCUGGGACUUUAUGGGUAUCGCCCAGCUCCUUGGCGAACGAGAAUCCUUCAUGGACAAUGCGAGUGACGCGAACAGCACACUUCGAGUCUACGAUGUACAAUGGGGGAGUGUGUUCCCCUGCUACAAUAGUGGGGUGGCGUCUUGCGUUAAAGAAAACGCGUUUCGUCAAGCGAAGGUCCCUCUGACAAUAUCUGAGGAUAACCUGAAUGAGUGGAUACUGGCGAACAAGGCAGAUCUCGAAAAGAAUUUCCAACAUGAUCCCUCAGAUGACUUGGAGUCACCACCAGCAUUUCAGAGCGAUGUCUACUGUGGAGAAACGGUAGAAAACGUCGUCCAGCGUAAACAGGAGUAUGGCCGUCGCCAGUAUCUCGACAUCGUCUAUGUUUCGCGAGAAAGAGAACACCCUCGAGUCGUGAAUAGCGCCCUAGAUCAGUUUCAGCGUCUCACCACUUCUCAGUGGCCAUUUUUGCUACUAAGCUCUGUAGCAGCCUUGGUCUUGACCGAGUACCAAUGCAUCGGUACAGGUGCUCUCCUCCUCAUUCGAGCCGUCGCGCGUUUCCUGGCCCUACGUAUCAAUGUCAAACGACCACCGCUAUACCUUCGAAAUCGGGAGAGCGCCACCCCAACAUUCAGGAUGGCGGCAAGCGCCGAGUACGCAGCCUACAUGUAA